AUGAACAGAAAAAACGCAGACUCGUCGGCCUCGGAUGUCAGUGCCUCGGGCCACAGCGACAGCAGCAACAAGAGCAAAGCUAUUGCAACCGGCGCCGCCAAAGUCUUUAACAAGAUAAUACUCAAUCUGAGGUACGUUGGGCCUACUUUGGGCGACCCAAAGUCGGAGCCGCUCAACUUCAAGGAUAAAUCUCAGACACUGAGGAUGAACACGGGCGUGGCUGACGCAGAAGAUAAUAGCGCAGUACCGGGGAAGGCCGUUAUUUCCCCAGGCUCAACGACACUGUUUUUAGGCCCCAGCGGCAACGGUCCCCUGGACAAGCUGCGAAAGGGCCUCGACGCACCAGAGCCGACGCCAUCAGCUCUGGCCCCAGGAAAGACCAGGCCUACGCGACCACGUCGCCCUCCCAGCGCCGAUAGCACGGUGGCUAGCUCCGUUGAGGACACUGAUAGCGAUGACAAGACUCUCAGUCAUAGAGUGCCAUCGGCCAGGGAUGCACGAAAUCCACAGCGAAAGACGCAGGACCCUCUUACCAUGGCCCCCGACGCUGCGCGCAUGCCGAAGAAGAGCACUUGUUACUUUUGCCAAGAGGAUUGCGAGCCUGGAGACAACCUUUGCAGCAAGUGCCAAACUCGAUUCCAGCCACAAGAGGAGGUGUUCGAAUACUCCGAGUCGGAAUACGAGGAUGAUAUAGAGUUGGAAGACGCCACCCAUUCCUCGCUGGAGACCGAAAAACCUCCGGCUACUUCACGAAGGUCAUUGAAGCGCAGGACCACCGGAUAUCCCAAACCAAGAGAGAAGUCGCGAGGCUGGUCUGAGUUCUCGUCUGUGUCACAGUUACAGCAACUGGCCUCGAGGUCCGCCAGUACCUCGCCCACCUCACACGUCGCCCUGGAGCUGAAGGUGGUCCCUCCACAAGACAUCAAGAUCCGCACGGUCUCCUCACCGACAAGGACCAAUGCCGGUGACGGCGGCUCAGCCCUCCACCACAUCCAACAGGCCAUGAAACCCAGAGGAUCCGUCAGCCCUUGCAGCCAGGAUCGCGACGCCAUCCGCCUGGGAAAGGUGCGGUCAGGCGAGAUCAGGCGCGUAGACAUUCCCGACAUCAUAAAAGCGAAGCCCCCGACGCCAAAAGAAAACAGCUUCCAGAGAAACUCGGAGGAGCACCAGCACCAGAGUUCAGGUAGUCUCGCAAACUGGCUCAAGUACUACGAGGAGGAUGAUAAGAACAGUGAGAGACACAGUGGUUCUUCCCAGUCAAAUUGUGCCUAUCUGCCAAACAACAGCGAGAACAGCGCGGUCCCGGCGACGCCUGGCACGUACGAUUGUGUUACUUCCAUAUAUGACCUGUACGCUUCAUUCGAGGACACUUAG